AUGGCAAAAGCGGGUUUUCCUGUGACAACCGAACAGUUAAUUGUGAGUGUAGAGCAAUACUUAAAGGAAAUAAAACGUCCAUGUGUCUUAUUCAACCAUGGAAGACCAGGUAGAACAUGGGUAAAGGCCAUUAUUCGGAGAAAUCCAACCAUUUCCAAGAGGAUAUCACAAGAUUUGACAGCAUCGAGAGCCAAGGUAACAGGUGAUCACCUAUCAGAAUGGUACAAACGAGUGUAUAAGGAGUUGGAAGAUAGUGUCCAGGCCUAA